AUGUCUGAGGGUCGUGUCCCCUCUCCAGCCAUCGAUGAGCGGCAGCCGCUGCUGACCGCCGACCCAGACUACGACGCAGAGAACCCUGUCGCUGAUGAGCCCAUAAAGAAGCGGAGCUGGUGGGCUAUCGGCUGGUACACCGUCCUCACGCUGCUCGGCGGCUUCGCUCUUGGCCUGUUUAUCAAGGGUUUCAUAGAUGCUGACGAUGUGGAGUUCGAUCUUGGGAAGGCAAUGAAGAGCGCACUGGGCGGCGGCUUGAGCGGUGCUGCGGCCAUGGUGCUGCAAGUGCUGACACUUAUGCCUCUGCGGACGGUGAUGAACUACCAAUACCGCUACGGUACGACGACCACACAAGCCAUCAAGACGCUCUACGCCGACGGCGGUUGGACACGAUACUACCAGGGCCUCACUGCGGCCCUUGUGCAGGGUCCUGUCUCACGCUUUGGUGACACAGCAGCAAACGCAGGGAUCCUUGCGCUGCUCCAGAGCAACUCGUUCAUGAAGCGGCUGCCCUCGCCCGUUAAGACGGUUUUCGCGUCCGUCGCUGCGGCGUGCUUCCGGAUGCUCCUUACGCCCGUGGACACGGUAAAGACGACGAUGCAGACCGACGGCAAGGCGGGCAUUGUUAUUCUGAAAGCCAGGAUCAAGAAGUACGGUAUUACCAGCCUGUGGUGGGGCGCGAUCGCGACUGCCGCAGCCACGUUUGUCGGGCACUUCCCAUGGUUUUCCACGUACAACUGGCUGGGAGAGGCGCUCCCGCAGCCGACCACGCUCUUCGAGAAGCUCCUCCGGCAGGCGUUCAUUGGGUUCUGCGCCUCGGUCGUUUCCGACACGGUAUCGAACUCGCUCCGCGUGGUGAAGACGUACCGCCAGGUGCACGAGCGCCGCGUGGGCUACGUGGAGGCUGCACAGGCUGUCAUCGCGACCGACGGCCUGCGCGGGCUGUUCGGGCGCGGGCUUAAGACCCGUAUUCUGGCGAACGGCCUGCAAGGCCUGAUGUUCUCGAUACUGUGGAAGUUGUUCAUGGACUUGUGGGAUGACAAGACGAAGUAG